AUGGAUCUUGCAUUUCGACAAAAAUGGGAUACGAACGUUGAGAAGCUUGAAUUGUUGCAUCGGGAUGAAGCAACUGAUUCGGAGCUCAUUCACUGGGUUUCAAAAUUUCCUUAUCCGAUGUAUCCUCGUGAAUAUGUAUUUGUCAGAAGAAGAUAUAUUGACGCGAAGAAUCGGUGCAUUGUGAUAGCGAAUUGUAGUGUGGCUAACAGUGAAAGCAUUAUUCCAUUGUGCGAAAAGAAGUAUGUUCGCGUUGAAACUUAUCGGUCCACAAUGGUUGUGCGAGCAAAUCAAGGCUUUGACCAUAAAGGAUUCGAUUAUAUCCUCUCAUACUACGAUAAUCCCGAAAGUAAUAUCCCUAGCUAUGCCUAUAAU